GUAGUUUCUCCGUGCCGCGGUGACUCGCAGAGCACUGACGCACUCUGCGCCCGGAGGACAGAGCGGCCCGGUCGCCGGCAUGGUUUCUCCGUCCUGCUGCAGGCGGCGGGAGGCAGCCAGUCCAGGCGCCCGCUAGCUUCGGCGGCGACCCAGACGGGGAAAGCGGAAGGAAUGUCGCGUGCAAGCAGGCAGCUGGUGUGGAAGAAUGGCGGUGAGCCAUUCAGUGAAGGAGCGGACCAUCUCUGAGAACAGCCUGAUCAUCCUACUGCAGGGCCUCCAGGGCCGGGUAACCACUGUGGACCUGCGGGAUGAGAGCGUGGCCCACGGACGCAUAGACAACGUCGAUGCUUUCAUGAACAUCCGCCUGGCCAACGUCACCUACACGGACCGUUGGGGGCAUCAGGUCAAGCUGGAUGACCUCUUUGUGACAGGCCGCAAUGUCCGCUACGUCCACAUCCCAGAUGACGUGAACAUCACCUCGACCAUUGAGCAGCAGCUGCAGAUUAUCCAUCGGGUGCGAAACUUUGGUGGCAAGGGCCAAGGCCGGUGGGAAUUUCCCUCCAAAAACUGUAAGUGAGGCCCUCAGCAAGCCCUGGCCCCAACUCGGAGUCCUCCAGUGAUCUCCGGAGCCAGCUCCCUGCCCUCACACCUUGUCUGGAACCCGAGAAGAAAGCAGGGCCAGGCCAGAAGCUGGUGUCCAACAGACACCACCUGUCAAAGCUGCCUUUCACAGGGUUCCACCUCCCAGACUCACUCUGGGACCCAGAAUCCUAUCUGUGGCCUUGGGGUAGGUGACAAUCCCCCUUUUUGAUGAUCUGAAUCUCUGACUUAUUGAUUAUGGAACCUGUCAAGUAGUUUUCAACUCUCCCAGUGAGGAUAAUUAAACAUGCUCAGCCUGA